AGCUGUUUAUACAAUAUACUUAAAAUUUAAAAAACAUUUUGAAAAUUCACUAAUGAAAUCAUUGCUCCAACUUCUUCUGCCCAAAACAUGGCCACAAGUGUCAAAAAAAAUGUACAGCUGCCAUUUGCAGAAAUCUGAGCAUCAGAACCACUUGGCUGUGCCGCCAAUAACCCAAAAGCUAAGACUCGCCAAUGAGAUUACAGAACGGGCCUUCAAACUGUAUCAGCCCGAGGAGCUAAUGCUUUGCUUCAACGGCGGCAAGGACUGCACUGUGCUCUUGGAUGUGAUCGCCAGGCAGAAAAGCUGGUCGACUCCACUGCGUGCCAUGUGCGUAAAGUCCCAUGAUCCGUUUGCUGAGGUCGAGCAGUUUAUUGACUUUUGCACACAGCAUUAUAAGCUAGAUCUAAAGCGCUACGAUGGUGCUCUUAAGCUGGCCAUUGAGCAGGCCCUCAUAGAGCGACCAGAGGUGCGAGCUGUGUUCCUGGGCUGUCGACGCACGGAUCCUGGUUGCGCCCAACUCUCAGCUAUGACACCCUGCGAUAAUGGUUGGCCUAGGCUGAUGCGAAUCUUUCCUUUGCUGGACUGGAACUAUCAAGAUAUUUGGAGCUAUUUGCGAAGUCAAAAGCUACACUAUUGUUGUCUCUACGAUGAAGGUUACACGUCGCUGGGCUGUCGCAGCAGCACCCGGCCGAAUCCCAGUCUUUUAGUCUUUGAUGAGUUGGACAGCAAACUUAAGUAUCUGCCAGCUUAUGAACUACAGGACAAUAAGUUGGAACGUGCCAAUCGUGAGGAUGGUUGUCUAAUUCGCAAGGUUUAAGUCAGAUGUCUAGUUUAAAAUUUAAAUAGCUUAAAUCCAGAGAAUUACAAUGAGUUAGUUUUUGGCUUUUAUUUAUAUGCUGAGCCUG